AGUGAGCGCGCCAGUGUCGUGGUAAACGGCGAGAGCGACGUGCGUGUUGCGUUCAUUGUCUUACCGGAUUUUUUCGAACGCAUCCGUUCAAUAUUGGCGGGAAAGUUAUUUUUAAUAGAUUCGUAUUAAAUAAAAUAAAAAUGAGUUUGGAACAAAGAAAUAAAAAGGUUACGGACGUGUACGAAAAGUACAAAAUUGCAGAAUGGGGCAAUGGACCUAGAAGAACGUGUGCACAAGUAGCGACAAAUGUCGUAGAACAGAAGCAUCAGGUGUCUAGAGCUAAGAGAAGUCGAGCUCUUGGAAGCAGGGCCUUCAGAGGCAGCACAGUAUGGUUCACAGGACUCAGUGGUGCUGGAAAAACUAGCAUAGCCUUCGCUCUUGAAGCUUACCUGGUGUCUAAAGGUAUUCCGGCUUACGGAUUAGAUGGAGACAACAUCAGGACAGGUUUGAACAAGAAUCUGGGCUUCACCAAAGAGGAUCGUGAGGAAAACAUCAGACGAGUGGCUGAGGUCGCCAAACUCUUUGCUGACAGCGGAGUAGUUUGUCUCUGCAGUUUUGUCUCACCUUUUGCCGAGGAUCGUGAAGUAGCUCGCCGCAUCCAUGUGGACUCCGACUUGCCGUUCUUUGAGGUUUUCAUCGACACUCCUUUGGAAGUGUGCGAACAGAGAGACACCAAGGGUCUCUACAAGAAGGCUCGAGAAGGAUCUAUUAAGGGCUUCACCGGCAUCACACAAGAGUAUGAACGUCCCGAGGCCCCGGAACUCAUCGUCCAGACAGUUGGGAACUCCAUCGAGGAGUCCACUAUGCAUGUCAUACGUCUGCUUGAAUCACAGGGCAUCAUCCCCUGUUUCGAAGACAGUCGCAAGAGUGUGGAGGAGCUAUUUAUCUACGGCAACAGACUCACCAGUGCUAUCGAAGAAGCUGCUAGACUGCCAAACAUCGAACUUAAUACACUCGACCUGCAGUGGGUACAGGUGCUGUCUGAAGGAUGGGCGUAUCCACUGAAAGGUUUCAUGAGGGAACAUGAAUAUUUACAAGCUUUACAUUCCAACUGCCUAACUCUGGCUGACGGCUCAGUAGUCAACCAAUCAGUGCCAGUAGUUCUACCAGUCGACACUGAAGCCAAGGACCGUCUGACUGGAGCCAAUGCCAUCGCCCUCACUUACAAUGGCAAGGCCGUGGCCGUACUCCGGUCUCCUGAGUUCUACCCACACAGGAAAGAGGAGAGAUGCUCCCGACAGUUCGGUAUUUAUCAUACUGAACACCCUUAUAUCAAGAUGAUCAAGGAAGCCGGAGAUUGGUUGGUGGGCGGUAACCUGGAGGUUUUUGAGCGUAUUCGCUGGGACGAUGGUCUGGACUCCUACCGGCUAACGCCUAACGAACUGAGACAGAAGUUCAAGGAACUUGAAGCGGAUGCUGUAUUCGCUUUCCAGCUACGUAACCCCAUCCACAACGGCCACGCGCUACUGAUGCAAGACACGCAGCGUCAGCUAGUGGAGCGCGGCUUCCAGAAACCUGUGCUGCUAUUGCAUCCUCUAGGUGGGUGGACAAAGGAUGACGAUGUUCCUCUAGACGUGAGGAUCAACCAGCACAAGGCCGUGCUCAACGAGGGAGUACUCGACCCGCAGUCUACUGUACUCGCCAUCUUCCCAUCACCCAUGAUGUAUGCUGGACCCACUGAGGUCCAAUGGCACGCGAAGUGCCGUAUGAACGCGGGCGCCAACCACUACAUCGUGGGGCGCGACCCGGCCGGCCUGCCGCACCCGGCCGGCGGCGGGGACCUGUACGACCCGCGCCACGGGGCCAUGGUGCUCAAGAUGGCGCCCGGACUUAAUGAACUUGAGAUCAUUCCAUUCCGCGUGGCUGCGUACGACACGUCUGUCGGCAAGAUGGCGUUCUUCGACCCCACUCGCAAGGAAGAUUUCGACUUCAUUUCCGGAACUAGGAUGCGAGGUCUUGCCAAAUCCGGCAAGGAGCCGCCGAAGGGCUUCAUGGCACCCACAGCAUGGAAAGUGCUCUCCGAAUACUACCAAUCAUUGAAAUCCAAGAUGGACACCAACUAAACAAAUUACAAGCAGCUAAUAAGUAAAAUUAACAUAAGUAUUAUUUUACUGUCACAAUUAUAAUGGCCUCAAACGUAACGCUAGGUUAUAGAGAAAUAAGAUAUUUCGCUUUUAUUUUUAAAUAAGGAAGCAUUGAUUUUUUGAUGCGUCGGUUGUAAAUUAAUAAUAAUAAUUAUGGUCUAUAACAUUGGAGCUCGUAACGUGGACAAUUGCAGUGUAUAUGACACGCCUACAGUACUCUUUUAUGGAAUAAAAGUUAAUGUUAUGCUGGCAACAAGUUCUUUCCCCAUUGGUACUCAUAACAUAAUAGGGUAGUUGCCAGGGAAUGAAAAUUAAAAAUCUAAUUAGUCAGUUAGAUAAUGAAAA